GUGUCGCGUGCACCUAAUAAGAAUUCAAUAGCGAAUUUUUUACAAUACCAAAAAUUCAAUAAGUUCGUAGUUGAGCAAAGAACAGUGCUGUUUUGAAAAUGAAUUCUACUAGUAACAUCGGUAAAGAGGAUUACAAUUUUAGAGAAGGGUACAUAAUGGCACAUCCUGCGCCAGGAGACGAAGUUUUAAUAACAGGAAUAUCUGGGACGUUUGCAAAUUCAAAGAAUGUCCAAGAAUUUGGAGACAACUUAUUUAAUAAAAUUAAUAUGGUGGCCCCCAAUAUGAGAUGGGAUUUUGAUCACCCCGAAAUGCCCCCUAAUUCGGGACAUGUAGCGGAUGUCAAUAAAUACGAUUCCGGUUUUUUUGGAGUGCACGAACGGCAGAGCCAAUCGUUGAAUCCGUUGAUGCGACUAUUACACGAGAAAACUGUCGAAGCCAUCUUGGAUGCAGGUCUGCAUCCAACAGACUUGGAGAAUACGAAAACGGGAGUGUUUGUGGCUAUCAGUAUGAGCGAGAAUGACAAACCCUGGCUUUUCGAUAUGUUGACGAGUCAUACGUAUGCUGUCACCGGGUCAGAAAGAUCCAUGGCAGCCCAUCGGUUGAGCUAUUUCUUAAAGCUGAAAGGACCAUCAUACACUUUAGACACCGCUUGCAGUAGUUCCUUGUACGCUCUGGAGCAGGCAUACAGAGCUAUGCGAUUGGGGGAUAUCGAAAAUGCAAUUGUUUGCGGCACACAUUUGUGCCUGCACCCUUUAACAACCAUAAUGUCAGCAAGGCUUGGUGUUCUGAGUCCCAAAGGCUACUCGAGAUGCUUCGACGCUCAAGGUGACGGCUUUGCUAGAUCGGAGGCUGUCGUUUCCGUAAUAUUACAAAAAUCAAAGAGCGCCAAAAGAGCAUACGCGCAGCUGAUGCACGUCAAAUCCAACUGCGACGGGUUCAAGACGGAGAACAUAAUAUUUCCGUCCGGACUCUCACAGUUAGACAUGUUAACUGCUUGUUACAAUGAAGCUGACGUAGAUAAGAACAGAGUAAGUUACGUGGAAGCACACGAAACAGGUACUCUGGCUGGAGGUGUCCAAGAAUGCUUCGCUAUAGAUGAAGUGCUGGGAAAGCAACGGAAACGCCCUCUGUUGGUUGGAUCUGUGAAGUCGAAUGUUGGACAUGCCGAGGCAGCUGCGGGUCUCUGCUCUGUGACAAAAUGUAUUAUUGCAAUGGAGACUGGAUUUAUCCCUCCAAAUAUUAAUUUCACUUCGCCUAGACGAGAUUUAACAGGAAUCGUUGAUGGGAGGAUGAAGGUUGUCGCGGAGAAAACACCCAUUGACGAAGAGAGUUCGGUGAUAGGAGUCAAUGGUUUUGGAUUUGGCGGCGUCAACUGUCACGUAUUGCUCCACCGUAACCCCAAUAAGAAACUCGACAACGGAUUACCAAAAGAUGACCUGCCAAGGCUAGUAUGUGUUAGUGGAAGAACGACCGAGGCGGUAGUCACUUUACUUGAUGGAAUAUCCAACCAACAGGUCGAUGAUGAACACAUAGCUUUGUUACACAAUGGUUUUAGGAAGAAUAUACAUAACCAUUUGUACCGAGGAUAUAUAAUAAUGUCAAAGACGAGGGAAAUAAGUAGAUCGCUUAAAUUCUUCCCAGGUGAUCCUAAGCCGUUAUAUUUCGCAUUUGGCCAAUUAAAUAACUGGCGUAAAAUCGGCAGCCAGCUGAUGGCUUUCCCUGCUUUUUCCGAAUCAAUGCAACGGAUACAAAACAAACUGUGGAAUAGGGGAGUCGAUCUUAUUGGCGCCUUAACCACAAAUGAUCCCUUAGGAAGUUAUACUGACCAACUAUUGGGUGGCGUAGUAGUACAAAUCGGUCUAAUAGAUGUUAUGAGGUUGUUGGAUCUGAAAACAAUAAAUAUAAUCGAAUAUCUAUCCGGACCGCUGCUCUGCUCUUAUUACAACGACACAGUUACUUUGGAUGAAAUUAUUAGUCGUGUUUUGGAUAGGGAUAACGCUGGAAAAGGAUUUAAUGGUCUUGGUUGCAACGCUAUUCAAGAUUCGUCUAUAAGAAGUAAUGAUGGUAUGCAGAAUGACAAAGCCAAGCGAGACCAAAUGGAUAACCUUAUAAGGCAUAUCAUGCCAGAUUCAUUUGAAAAUGCAAGAGCUCCAAUGCAGUCCGAUUUGGACUCAAGCGUUGUGCUAAUUGGCAACAUACCAAUCGAUCCCUCUGAAGAUUUAGACGUAAUCUCACUUUUUGGAAGUGAAUGCAAAAACCAUCUCGUUGACUUUAUGGAAUGUAUUGGAAGGCUCUACGAGAUUGGCUACAAUCCUCAGAUCAGCAGACUGUACCCAUUGGUAGAUUUUCCGGUAAGUAGAGGUACCAGGAUGAUUUCUCCGUACAUCAGAUGGAAUCAUAACAGGGAGAAGUUUGUAUUAAAAUACAGUUCGACGAAAGACGGGGUGAAAACUUACAAAAUCCAAAUCGCAGAUCAGGAGUGGGCACAUCUUUCAGGGCACAUCAUAGAUGGUAGAAAUGUAUUUCCCACGACAGGAUACUUGUACAUAGUAUGGCAAACAUUUUCUUUCCUCAAAAGAAUGCGGUUCGACGACAUGCAAGUAGUAUUCGAGAACUGCAGGUUUCUCAGAUCCAUCACGAUGUUAGAAAAAUGCGAUCUCGUGCUGCAAGUGGCAAUUCAUUCGGGGACUGGUAAUUUUGAGGUGGUUGAAGGCAAUUCUGCUGUUGCUAUAGGGCGCAUCUACAUGUCAGAUGACGAAACAAACUGCCCAUUUCAAGAAUGCGGGGAAAAGACUCAUCUUCCACUGAAUGAAAACGAUGUUUACAAGGAAUUACGGCUAAGGGGAUACAAUUACAUGGGGGCAUUUAAAGGAAUACAACAGUGCAGUUUGGACGUUUCAAGAGGCUACAUCAAGUGGGAAGACAACUGGAUCACUUUCAUCGACAGCAUGAUCCAACUGAAGGUUUUGCAGUUGGACACUAGGCUGCUAAAUGUACCCAUGUGUAUUUCUAAAGUGACAAUAUGGGCCAAAAUGCAUUUAGAAGCGAUAGAUAGCAGCUUUACAGCUUUGGGAAAUACGACCAUUGUUCCUUUUUGCAACGAUCUGGCGUCCGAAGUUAUAAGAUCUUGCGGCGUAACCAUCACAGGGGUGGUGCUAGAGCCGAUACCAAGGAUAAAAGAUCCACUCACUCCAGUCUUAGAGAAGUACGAUUUUGUCCCAAAUGUGACGGACUUGGAUAUCUAUCAAUCCGUAACGGUAAACGUCCAACUAAUAUUCGAGAACACACUAAUAUGUAAGUACAAAGUUCUGGAAGUCAUCGAUGAAUUCACUCCUAAACAUGCUGAGCCUUUAACACCCAUCAUCAAGUCGGUUUCGAAGGACCAACCACUAAUACAGCAAGUCUUUAGAAUAUUUAGCAAAUAUCCGGUUGACGUGGAGCAGACUGUGGAAGACAAAGAACUGAAAACAGAGAAAAACUGUUUGCUAGUUGUUGUGUCUAAUAUAUCAAAGAGGAAAGAGAUGUUAACAGAAUUAUAUGGAGUCCUAAAAGCAAACGGCUUCAUUAUAUCCCGCGAAAGUCUGGACUACGAUUCCGCCCAGCUUAACCAUCCCGAUUUCGUGAUUUUAACAGCCCACAAGACCGCUACCGAAACACUACUACUUCUCCAAAAGCAAAGUAAACCCAAACGGGCAGAUUACAUUAAAAUAAACUCAGAUAAUUUCUCUUGGAUCCACGAGGUGCAGGAAGCCUUAAACAAAAACGACGAUCAAAUCCUGUAUGCCGAAAAAGAACCGAAGAAUGGUAUUCUAGGGUUCAUUAAUUGCCUAAGAAGGGAACCAAACCGCAGCCAUAUUAGAUGUGUGUUUCUGAUGGACGAAGAUACCGAGUUUCGGCCCACAAACCCCUUCUUCGCCGAUCAGUUGAGGAAGAACAUGGCCGUUAAUGUGUAUAAAAACGGUCAAUGGGGAACAUAUAGGUCCUUAUUGAUGGACCAAAUGAAUAUCGUAGAAAAAGAGCACUGUUUUGUAAAUACGCGUCUAAGCUCAUCUAGUGUGAAAUGGACAGAAGGAGCACUUCAUCACGACAUGACUGUACCGUCUGAAAAGACAUUGAUUCAUGUGUACUAUGCUGCUAUAAAUCAUCAAGAUGUGCUAUUUGCCUCUGGCAGGAGAAACAUUGUUUUCAACACUCAAAGAAGGCUGGAAGAAGAAUGUGUCAUGGGAUUAGAAUUUUCUGGACGGGAUAAGAGGGGACGAAGGGUAAUGGGUGUAGUUGCUGAUGGAGCACUGUCAAGUUUAACAUUGGCCGACCCCUAUCUCACCUUUAAAAUACCGGAUUCUUGGAGUAUGGAAGAUGCUGCCACUGUACCUCUCGUGUAUACAAGCCUUUUAUACGCCUUAGUAAUUCUGGGGCAAAUGAGAGCAGGGGAAACGAUUUUAGUCCAUUCAGGAGCUACGGAAUUUGGACAAGCCGCCAUACGUCUCUCUCUAUAUUACGGCGGUGUUGUGUACACCACUGUUGACAAUCCAAGCGAGCGUCAGUUUCUAAAAAGCACAUUUCCUCAGUUGAAAGACUCCGAUAUUGGUAAUUCCUUCGAGGAAUGGUCGGAUCAACUGAUACACCAAGCAACCGAUGGCAGAGGCGUGGACAUCGUGCUCAGCGCUAUGCCAAGCGGCAAGCUUGCUUCUUCACUGAACUGUCUUGCCCGUGGAGGAAGAGUUUUACAACUAAUCAGGGAGGGUAUAUCGAAUAACAGUCACAUCGAUUUACUUCUUUUUAAAAACGAAGGCAGUUUUCACGGUGUUGCAGUUGGUCAACUUUUAAAGGGAACACCCCGUGCUCGAGCAGAGGUGGGCAAAUUAUUUGCAGAGGCGCUCGAAGAUGACGCUGUCCAGCCUUUAAUAAGAAACGUCUUCAAAUAUGACGAGAUUGAACAAGCAUUUAGGUUUGCCGAUACAAACCGUUCCGGUAAAGUUCUGGUCAAGGUACGAGAACCUGAAGAGCAUCUCGUGGCGCUGCCUCGUACACAAAAAUUCUCCGCUACAAUGAGAUAUUUUUGCGAUCCAGAAAAGACAUACGUGAUCAUAGGAGGCUUGGGGGGAUUCGGUUUGGAACUGGCUGAUUGGUUGGUACUCAGAGGAGCACGGAAAUUGGUACUGAAUUCGAGAAAAGGUAUAAGUAACGGCUACCAGGAGAAGAGAAUUAGAACAUGGCAGUCAUACGGAGCUUUAGUGACAGUAUCUACAGAUGCAGUGACAACUAAAAGUGGUUGCAAAAGAUUGAUCGAAAGGUCCUUGCAGUUAGGUCGAAUAGAAGCGGUUUUCAACCUGGCUUUGGUUUUACAGAACUCCCUCUUUGAAAAUCAGACUACGGAAAGUUUUUAUACAUGUUUUGCUCCUAAAGCAAUAGCCACGGAGUAUCUGGAUGAAUUGACUAGGGAAAUGUGUCCCGAUCUAAAGCAGUUUGUUAUAUUCUCAUCCGUUUCUUGCGGACGGGGUAGCAAUGGGCAGACAAAUUAUGGUAUGGCAAAUUCCGUAAUGGAGAAGAUUUGCGAGAAAAGGAAGCAGGAUGGAUAUCCAGCACUUGCAAUCGAAUGGGGCCUUAUUGGAGAGGUGUAA